GACACAUCACCACUGCCUGCCCUUGGCUCUUGCUGCACCUGCAUCACUGCACUGCAUGAUGCAUAAUUGCAUAUGAUAUGCAUCGCAUGCAUGGCUCCAAACCAACCCCACAGAUAGGUUUCACCACUGUACCUAAGGCAUAGCUCAUCAGCUGAGCUGAGCUGAGCACAACAGCAGCGACGCCGAUGAGCCAUCCAUUCUUGUCUCCUUCAGUGGUAUAAAGCUAGCUAAGCUAUUAGUAUACUCACUGCACUGAGCUUAAACCUCACUCGACCACGCCAAAUCAUCCGCUAGCUUAGCUAGGCCGGCCAUGGCGAUGGCUCCACACGAGCAUGAGCACGAGCCGGAGCACGCCCACCGCUCGCCGGCCAACGGCACAGCGGCAGCGACCAGCACCAUCGCAACCAACAGGUGGGGGCCCUACUCCGGCGCCGGAGACUUCGCCAGCAACAUGGCUGUCAUCCUCGCCGCCCUGCUCGCCGCGCUCGCGCUCGCCCUCGCGCUCAACGCCGCCGUCAGGUACCUGCUCCGCCGGCACCGCCGUGCCAGGCAACGAGGCGCCGCCGCCGGCGCGGCUGUGGAGGACCCGGAGAAGCCGCCCGUGACCGAGGCCGAGCCGCCGCCGCCGCCUCCGGCGCUGGUGUACUCGGCGGCGGGCACCAAGCUGGCCGGCGCGGCGGAGUGCGCCAUCUGCCUCGCCGAGUUCGUCGACGGGGACACCGUGCGCGUCAUGCCGGUGUGCGGCCACGGCUUCCACGCGCGGUGCAUCGAGAGAUGGCUCGCCGGAGGCCGGCGCUCUUCGUGCCCGACCUGCCGGGCGCCGGCUGCCACGCCGGCCGGCGCCGCCCCAGCUCGCGAGCCCGCUGCGGCGGCGUCUUGAUGCAUGCCUUGAAUGAACUUGGCCGACUGACAUGGUCGGCCCUUGUUCUUGGCAAGUACUCCUCAUGAUCUCUUAGUUUCUUUUUUCUUUUUUCCUUUUGCUUUCAUGUGUAAAUAUUGGUCAAGAGAUUGAUGGAUUUGAACGGGAUGGAUCAUUAGUUUGGCGUCUCUGCGUUCUGUUUAGAUGUUCAAGGAAAUGAACUCAGAGUCUAGAGUAGGCUAAGCUCAAGUUGAUUAUGAGUACUUCUUUCUUGCCUGAUUCCUCUUUGAUCACUGAUCAGAGCUUCUGUUCAGCUGUUGGAUAAAUUCCUCUGUGAGUUAAAUUUGCAGAGUUGUUAAGGUUUAGAACAUUAGCCUUUCAAUGCAGAAGCGGCGGCUUUGCUUCAAAUUAAACUAUGGAAAUCAGCAGAAGCUGAAGAUUUGUUUACAGGGAAGGGUUUAUGCAUCCUUUUUUGAAAGAGAGGAGACAUGUUAGCUUGUUUUGUGAGGAGAAAGAACAGCAAUUCAGACUGCAUGUCUCAUCUGCUUGCUUAAUUCCGACGGCAAGGCAAGUAUAAAGUGGCAUCAUUCCGGCAAAGUUUGGUGAUAUCUAGAUGGACAAUGCAUGCCACUGGAUGCAGUAUUUGGUGAUUGAUAUACAGAAGCUUGGGUCGUGCUUACACUAAUCAUGAAUUAGUGGAGUAGGUGUGUAUGACCAAAAUCAUGGAUGGUCAAACAGUAGUCAAAUGAUGGAUCCAUGCUCCAUAUUUUAAUAUUUUAUAAUAUGGGAGAGGGCAUCGACUGUCAGAAAAUCGGUGAUUAAUCUCGAGUUACGUGGAUCAAUUAUUAAUUAUUCCAUACUCCAGACCUUAUACAAAUCUUAACUGAACUGUAAUGUUUAUUCCAGCAAACCAUUCAGACAUGUCUGCUCCUUGGCUUGUGCACGAGUGGUCUGACCAUAUAAAUAUUACUGUUUAGAGUGAUAAAUAACCGUUCUAAAAUAAUUCUGUCCAUCUCAACAAGAUUACGGGUAAUUAUAUAUUUU